AAAGAAUUUUAUUUGAUCGUAAUUACCUAGCAAUAUGAAAAAAUUAGAGAUACUUAUUCCGUGCUCUGCAAACUAUACUGCUUUGACACCAAUCAGUUUUCUAGAACAAGCGGCCACUAUCUUCGGUGAUAAUAAGGCCUCAAUCAUUUAUGGUGACUACGUUAGAUUUUCUUGGAAGCAAACCUAUCAAAGAUGUCUCAACCUAGCUUCUUCUCUCCUCAGCUUUGGGAUUUCCCAUCCUCAUCAUAUUGUUGUAGCUUUGGCGCCAAAUGUUCCAGCACUCUAUGAGCUACAUUUUGGUGUUGCUAUGGCAGGUGCUGUUCUUUCUGCACUCAACACCAAGUUAUUGGAUGUAACAACAUUACCCCAAAUUUUGGAUCUAUUGGAAACCUGCAAAAUCAUAUUUGUGGACUAUCAGUUCUUUGAUUCUGCCAUCCAGGUGUUUGAAAUUAUCUCCCAAAGAAAAUGCAAGCCACCACCCCUCAUUGUCCUAAUCUCUGAUGACUAUGAUCAAAUUCCAUAUUCCCCAGUGAUGAAUAAUGUGAGUAUCCUACCAAAUACCUUAAGUUACAAUGAUCUUGUUGCUAAAGGGCACGCGGAUUUUGAGACUUUUAGGCCAAGCAAUGAAUGCAAUCCUAUAUCAGUGAGUUACACAUCAGGCUCCACAGGGACUCCUAAAGGAGUUGUUUAUAGCCAUAGAGGUGCCUACCUUAAUUCAAUUGCGGCGAUUUCUCGUUUCAACUUGAAAUCAAGUUCAGUGUUACUAUGGACAGUUGAUAUGUUUCGCUGCAACGGUUGGUGCCUUGCUUGGGCAAUGUGUGCUGUUGGUGGCACCAAUGUUUGCCUCAGAAAUGUCUCAGCAAAAGGGAUAUUUGAUGCCAUCCAAUUUCACAAAGUGACUCAUUUGUGUGGUGCACCAACCCUUUUGAGCAUCAUUGCUAAUUCAUCCCCCAAUGAUCACAAACCUCUUCAAUUCAGGGUAAAAUUCAUAGUUGCAGGUGUGCUACCACCAGUUCAAAUCCUCAACAAGGUAGCAGAACUUGGAUUUGAUGUUAACAUCGGAUAUGGAAUGACAGAGACUCUGGGCCCUGUCAUUGUAAGACCGUGGAAACCCGAUUCGGAUAAUGAAGAUACAAAGCUGAAUUAUGGUGAAGGAGGGCUUCCAAGCUUCAUGAUGGAAGUAGAGGUUGAUGUGAAGGAUCCAAACACCAUGAAAAGUACCCCUCAUGAUGGAAAAACCAUUGGUGAAAUCAUGUUCAAAGGGAACACCCUAAUGCUAGGGUACCUUAACACGCAAGAAACCGAGGAAGCUUUUAAGAGUGGAUGGUUCAAAACUGGGGAUCUUGCUAUUAGGCAAGAAAAUGGUUCCAUAACAUUGAAAGAUAGAGCAAAAGAUAUUAUAUAUUCAAAUGGAGAAGCUGUGAGUUCAUUAGAGGUAGAAGCAGUGUUGUUGAGUCAUCCAAAGGUUUUGGAAGCCGCUGUUGUUGGAAAAUAUGAUGAGUGCUUGUUUGAUUCAUCACCAUUUGCAGUUGUGAAAUUGAAAGAUGGAUGCAGUGCCACUGUUGAAGAAAUCAUCAAGUUUUGUGAGGGUAAGUUGGCCACUAAAAUGGUUCCUAAGAGUGUGGUGUUUGGGGAUUUGCCUCUUAACUCAACUGGGAAGGUACAGAAGUUUCUUAUAAGAGAGAAGGUCAAGAGCAAUGGAUUGUGAAAGAGAGGGAUAAAAAAACUAUAUCUUAGGAAUAAAUCAAUAAAUGUUAUGUAACACUAUUGCUUACCUUGUUCUAUGUUGAUCUUAUACUAUUGAAAUGAAUGCUAAGACUUAAAGAAGUAGAUU